AUGAUGAACAGCUACCAAGCAGCCGCGGCGCCGUCAUCGUAUUCAAGCUCUGCAGUGGGAUCGACAUCAGACGACGUGUAUGCGCAAUUCUACUACUGGGAUGCAAGCGCCAACAAUUGGGCGUUCGACUAUAACUCGUACUAUGCGGCGUAUGGCUAUCCGUCUGAUUAUGCUACCUCGAGUGUUGAUGUGGACGGCUCGUCCUCUUCGGCUGCUUCUGCAGUAGCGUAUGCGGAUCCUUCGGCUGCAGCAGCCAAUCCAUACUAUUUUGACUAUCAAAACUCAGCACAGCAACCAGCGUCUACGGCAUACGAUGCAACGCACCAUGCGUUCGCAGCGAGCUCGUCUACCGAGACCUGCUCAACACGCCAACCAGAGUUGGAAACGCGAUACGACGAAAGUGGACGCAUGAUUCCUGGCAAACUUCGGCGCGGCGAAACGCGGCCGACCGUGCUUCGUCGUGCUGCGGGCAAAAUAUGGGAAGAUCAGACAUUGCUCGAAUGGGAUCCUUCGCACAAACGGCUAUUCGUCGGAGACCUCGGCAACGACGUCUCGGACGAACUGCUGUCGUCAACCUUCCAAAAGUACGCAUCGUUCAGCAAAGCGCGCGUCGUUCGCAACAAGGACGGAAAAGCCAAAGGUUACGGAUUCGUCGCGUUCGCCGAUCCAGAAGACUUUCUAAAAGCCUGGAAAGAGAUGGACGGCAAGUACAUCGGAAGUCGUCCAUGCAGGUUGAAGAAGGCCGCCGACGUCGUCAACCCCGUCCAGAUCGGCGCUAGAAAGGACAAAAUGCUCGCCAUCAGCGCCAAGCAGCACAGAAACUCAUACAAGCUCAAAAUGGGCGGCGCUGUCGGCCAUCGUCUCCGACGCAUCGGCAUGCAACCGCCCAAGUGA